AUGCCGUCCAAAACUAAUGGUCAAGAUUUUGAAGAGGAGUGGAGUAAAAUCAAAAAUGGCGAAUUGAUAAUCAAGUGGUAUUAUUUCCCAACUGCAACCAACUUGCAUGUUAAAAUCGCGGAUAUCAAAGCAAUGAAAGUUUCCUGUCAAUUGAGGCAUUAUGCAAAAAACUGGGGUGCGGAUUCAUGGACAUGGUGGUCAUGCGAUAUGAAACGAAAUUUCCGAUCAAAACCUGAUGGGUUUUAUAAUGUUUGGGUUGACACCGGAGAAACAUUCAAAAAGGGAUUCACAGUUCGCGACGUAAGAUCGUUUGUUCUGGCAAUUCGCAAGUAUUCAGCACCAGAUCUGCAAAUUAUUUUCCGUGAUUGA